GGUAAACAUGAAGCAGCAGGGAUAAAUCCACGAGCGCCACCAGGAGAAAACAUACCAUCAGCAACAGCAGCAGGAGCAGGAGCAGUGAUAAUCGGAACAGAUGGGUGGGGUAGGAAGCAAAGAUGACGUGGAUGACCCAGCCACUGGUGGACAUCAACAACUGGUAAGGGAUGAAGGGUCGUCAAGGGAAGGGCAACAAGAGGAAACAGAGGGGCUGAAAACAACACAAGGGGGAGGGGCCACAGGUGGUGAAGCUGCACUAGCAACUGCUGAACAACGACAAAUAGAAGCGCAAGAACAGUCAUCGCAGGGCGGACAACAAGAAGCGACGGAGGGGUUGAUUACAAUUGGAGAUGUCCUGGAGCAAGUAGGAGAGAGAAAGAAGGACAAGCCAAUCACACCUAGUGAUGCUGCAGCGAUUCGCAGUGCGGCGACGAAGGCAGUUGGUCAUGCCACAGGUAAAGGGAGUGUGGGAUCUCACGCACAAUCAGCGGCCAACUUCAACCUUCGCAGCGAGCUUGUCCAGUUGGACACCGGAGUCAUUCCAGGAGCAGGAAUUGGACCAUCCAAGCUUGGGCAGGAACAGCAUCUGCUGAACGAGGCGAAGACAGCGAAAAGCAGCCAUGUCCGACCAGGCGUGCUGGCUGCGGCAACAUUCUCACGUAAGAAGGAAGAUGAGGACGCAGAGGAACAGCGUCGCCUCGCGGAACAGAAGCGACAGGAGGACGCUGAGGCAGCAAGGAAGGCCGCAGACGAACGCCGUCGACUACGCUGUUGCAGAACGCCGUUGCGACAGGAGGACGCUGAGGCAAACACUUCUUCAUCAGGAGGAGCUGUCCGUCGUUGCAGAACGCCUUAAUGCAGUUGUGGAGACGCUCACCACAAGUGAGCAACUUUUUGAUAAAGCCUCGCGGAUCGU